AUGAAUCAGAACAGCGAUACAAUGAGCAACAUUAGCUCUCCAAAAUCUGGGAUCGCGUCUCCGAAGAGGCUCAGCAUGCAGAGGUCUCAGACAAUGCGCGCCUCGAAAGAAUCGAGCGCCUCUAAGCAUCCCGAGCGAUCAGACAGUGCCGCGCAGAUGGCGCGGGAGCGGAGGGGAACUCUGGAGAGUUACAGUCCGCGUACGCAGAUGGAGCUGAUGGACCACCCCUUGGGGGAGCUCCUACUGCCGAUUCUACCCCCCCAAGAGGGGGAAAACGGCCAUGGCGGUUUGCCAGUCAGAACAUCUAAUGUGAAGCACUACUAUGGGGUGGCGGCCAAACGGCGGUCAUCUUACCAGGGGGGCGCGCCGGUAGCCCCGGUGCUGCCUGUCAAACAUCCCCCCGCCCUGGCCCAGUUUCUGGAGAGCGGUGGUGCAAAGCCCAGUGAGAUCCAAAGUGAGGAAGCCAAUGCAGCUGCAAGUAAUCAAAGGAUUGCGGAGAAGAUCGCAGAGCGGCGCCAAUCAUAUGCUGGCAUAGGCUUACGGGACCCAGGCAGCCCCAAGCGACAGGGCGGCCGGUUAAGCAUGAAGGUUAGCUCUAACCAGCGGCGGGCAAGCGAGGCGCCCGGGGCAGACCCGUCCAGCUUUGCAUUGAGAACUCCGUACCAAUUGAAGCCGCGACGCGUCUGGAUGCUAGAGGAGGCGUUUCGGUCGGUCCGAGAGGGGGCCGAAGCUCUGGCGUCGGAAGAUUUCCCAACCGAGGGGGAGGCGCGGUGGCUGGGCGUGGGGGGAGCGGCGGAGUGGCGGCCGUGCAUGGUGCUGGGGUAUGACGUCAGCGAGCAUAAGUACUGGGUACAGUGGCUGGCACCGCGACCCGGGGACAGCGAUGCGUGUGCGCGCAGGUUCCAGGCUGCACGGAUGAAUGUGAGGAUUGUCAACACUAGCGAGGGGGGGCACUUUUGGCAGAAGCCUAGAGAGGCAACCGGGGGGGUGGAGAGACGGCUGGGAAAGGUGGGUGAUCUUGGUGAGAAGCGAGCAAGUCGUGGAGGUGCGCUGGGGCAUCGAGAUGGACGGGGGAUGACGGCAAUACUGGCGGAGCUGGCGGAGGAGUAUGUUGGGCAGUCGCACCAGCUGGCGGUUUGGGAGCAAGAAGGAGAAGCAGAAAACGGGGACAUCUCUGAGUCGGCCCCUACAGGGCCCCGCCCCAUCCCAGUGCCCACCUACUCCUACGCCGACUUUCGCGCCGCCGUCUCCAACAGGGCCUUUCUCUGCCAGCCCGCCCUGCAGCCCAUGCUCCUCGAAAUGAGCCACCUCCUCGAGGCCCUGUCACGGGUAGAGUUGCUCGACAGCCGUCGGAGGGUAUUGACACCAAUGGAAGCGCGGGCCCACCAGAGCAAGGUGUUGAAAGACGGUGUGCGAUACGUGCGGGAGCACUUGGUUGAGGAGAUGGUGGAUAGCCUGGCCCUCGGGCUGGGCCGCUGGACGAUGAAGAUGGAGCAAGCAAUUGGGGACCAGCAGUCGGCAAAGGUUCUAAGAUGGGCGAAUUUGAGAUUGGAAGAGGCCCUCUGCGGCGCCCUCCAGGGGACGCUCCUCCGGUACACCGAGCUCUUCCAGCAUCCGCGGGGGGAUCCCCCGGGGGCCCCGGUGUUCGAGGUGGGCAUGUCGAUGCGGGGGGACGGCCAGCUGGAGCUACAGGCGCAAACCGGGGUGCUCGCCACCUUCUCCGGUCACCUGCUCGAUGACCUGGAGGAGACUCUUCGCAACACGCCCGCCUUCAGCCCGUCCGAUGAUCGUUACGUCCAGAAAGGGCCCAAGCUGCCCCGCCCCACGCUGGCCCGCACCGCAGCGUCCGCAAUCCUCCGGACGCGCUCAGCCGUCCGCACGACCAUCGACGCCGCGUCCGAGCUCCUCCGGACCGCCGCUGACCAGCUCGCACAAGAGUGGGCGUCCAAGCUGCCGGGUCACGUGGCAGCCUUCUCCGACGGCCACGCGGCAGCUUCUGGAGACGGCGAGAACGCCACCGACAGCUCGCUGGAGAAAGUCGAGAGCCUGAAAGCGUACCUGGAGAGACUGGGAGAGGUUGAGAAAGCGGUUUUGGGAUACCACGGCCGGGCCUUCGGCGAGGUGUUCGUUCUAAACUGCCGCCAGCCGCUGCACUGGCUGGCGGCCGAGCGGGCGGAGCGGCGGGAGGCCCUGUCUCGGGAGCUGUUUGAAACUCUACACGACUGCGUACGGCUGGUGCAGUCGCAGCUCGACCGGAACGAGGCCCUCCUGCGGACGGACCUGGAUGACGUCACCCCCGAGGAGCUGUCGGAACUGGAGCGGUUCACCGGGCGCUACGACGGGACGCACGCGGGAUUGCUCGCGAGCCUGCGCGAGGGCCGGGAGGCGCUGGACGCGCUCGAGAACCUGCGCGCGCCGCUGAGUCAGCAUGACGUCAGCGCGCUGUGGGAGGCCGCGCGCGAGGCCGUCGCGCACGCGGAGCGGGUGUCGGACGUCCGCGGAAGGCUAUGGAUCGUCAAACCCGGGGUUAUCGCCGGGAUUAGGCGCCGGCAGGCGGAGUUACUGGAGGCGGUCAAGGAAAGAGUCGCGGCCGCCGCAGGGUUUGAGGGCUUGGAGGAUCUCGAAGCCGCGGGCGAGUACCAGGCGCAAAUGGCGGCGACUUUGCGCGAGCUCUUAGAGCAUCUAGAGGCGGCGAGAAAGCUGCAGGUGCAGGAAACGCUGCUGGGCAUCGACCAGCUGCCCGACUGUCUGGAGCUGCUGACCCCGGCCGUCCGAAAGGUCCGAUUCUGUGCGAACGUCUGGGCGCUUGCGUCCGAAUAUCUGGCGGUCCAGAGGGCGCACGAGGAGGCGCCGUUCAAGCAGAUGAACGUCGGCCGGGCGCACCUGCGGGUCGCCGAGCUCGCGGACAAGAUCGACGAGCUUGGGGGAUCCCCCGGCGCGCGCGAGCUGGGGGGAUCCCCCGCGGGCGGGGUUCUGCGGUUCCUGGAGGCGCAGGUACGCGACAUUCUGCGCGAGCUGCCGGUGCUCGCGAAGCUGCGCCACCCGGGCGUGCGGCAGCGGCACUGGGAGGAACUUGGACCGGUACUCGGCGCCCGGUUCUUAGAAACCGGGCGGGACGACCCGACGCUCGCGGCGGUGCUCGCGCUGCGGCUGUCGGAGCGCCGGGAUGACGUCAGCCCGGUGCUGGAGCGCGCGAUCCAGGAGUACGCGCAGGAGGUGUGCCUGGAGAAGAUGGAGGAGGAGCUGCGGCGAGCGGCGGUCGAGGUCGCGCAGGGUGUGGAGCUGCGGGGUUUAGGCGACAUCGAGGCGCUGCUGGGCGAGCAAUUGGUCGCCAUCAACUCCCUGCUGAGCAGCCCGUUCGCGAAGGCGUUCGAGGGGAUGGCGCGCACGUGGCGCGAGCGGCUGGGGCAUCUGCGCGCGUGCCUGGGGGAGCUGGUGCGCGCGCAGGAGGCGUUCCAAAAGCUGGAGCCGGUGUUCAGGUCCCCUCACCUCCAGCAGCUCCUCCCCUCCGAGCACCGCCAGUUCCAAUCCGUGGCUGCCACGUGGCAGGCCGUCCUGGCCCUGGCCUCCCAGCGCCGCUUCUUCCUCUUUCUCUGCGAGAGCACGCUCGUCACCAAAGACAUUCCGGCCUGCAACCUCGCCAUGGCGGACUUCCGCUCGAAGCUGACGUCAGCUCUGGACGGAAAGCGCGCCCGCUUCCCGCGGCUGCACUUCUUGACCGACGACGAGCUGGUCACGUUCGCCAGCCUGGAGCUUAACCCGACCGUUGACCCGGGCCAAACCCUGAUCUGCAAGUGCUUCCAGAGCCUGUCCUCUGUUGAGUUUAGCCAAGACCGGAAGAUUGUGGCAGUUACCGGGCUCGAUGGGGAGAGGGUUACGCUAACCCAGGUGGUGGGCACCAAAGACGAACCGUUGGAGAAAUGGCUCGCCGCUCUAGAUACGGAGAUCCGAACUACCCUGAAAGCGGGGCUGGCAAAAGCAGUGGAGUAUUUGGAAAGCGGAAGAGGGGCCUCAUUGUCACAUUUCUGCAGCAUGAAGAAGGAGGACGGGAUUAGUUCGACCAGUCGGAGAAGCGAACCGGGCGGUUUUGAGGAGGGGGUACCGGGUAAUCUGCCGUCCCAGAGCGUGGGUUUGGCGCUACAAGUGAGCUUUACACGGCAGGUGGAAAAGGUUCUGAGCAGAGACGAAAGCGCAGACCUGAAACGUCGGGGCCUGCACUCAGAGCUGGAAAGGAUGCAGGAACAAGUUGAGGAUCUGCGGGCCGCUGUGGCGAAGGGACUGGGCGGGUUAGCGCGGGUUAAGGCCAAACGGCUGAUCCGUUUGGGCGCCCGGUUGAGCAGGACUUUGCGACAGCUCAUCGAGUGCCCGGGGAAAGAUCUUCACCAGGAUAGGUUUGCCUGGCAGAAGCACCUUCGGUUCUACUUUGACCCGGCUGCCCCCCGGGGUGCAGCUUGCCGGCUAGAAAUGGCCGGGGCGAAACUCAGCUACGGGUUUGAGUUCAUUGGGCGACAGGAAAGGGGCAUCGUGACGUCAGACAUGGAGCGGUGCUUUGCGGGGCUCCUGGGCGCGGUCGCAAGCGGCGGCUGCGCUCUGGUGACCGGAACUCCGGGGGCCGGAAGGGCGGAAGUGGUGCGGGCUCUCGCGGCCGCGGCGGGUAAAACCUGCCUCUUCGCGAGUUGCUCCGAGGGGAUGUCGGGAGACCGGUUGAGCGGAGUGAUGCGCGCGAGCAUCGCGAGCGGCACGUGGUUCUGUUUGCGUGACGUUGGCGCGGUGGGCGCUGACGUGGCACAGAGCCUGAGCCAGCAGCUGGCGUCAGUAAAGCAGGCGCUGACAUCAUCGGGAGGGAGGGUCCAGCUGGCAGGCAGCAGCGUGCAGGUCGAUCGGACGGCCGCUGUAUUCUGCACAGCCCAGAUCGACGGCCCUCAGCCGUCGGAUCGACUUGCGGCGGCCUGCCGCGCGACGGCGCUCGGGGACGGCGCGACGGUUGCUGACGUGGCAGGUGGGCUGAUGCACGCGGAAGGGUUUGAGAACUGGGAGAAUUUGGGUCGGAAGCUCGCGACCGCGCUCCAGUUCGCGUCGCAGCAACUAGGGGCGCGGCACUUCGCCGCGGGGCUCCCGGCGGCGCACGCGCUGGUCGAGCGCGCGGUGCGCGCGCGAGCGGAGAUGACGUCAGCAGGGUUUGGAAACGUGAGCGAGGAGGCGCUGCUGGCGGGCGUGGUGGAGAGGGGCAUCGCGCCCGGCUUGCUCGGGGACGAGCUGACGUCAUUCCAGCGGCUGCUGACGAAUGUGUUCCCCGGCGGAGGCCGGCCGGUGGACACGAACGGCCGGCUGAAAGAGGCGGUUAGGGAAGCGGUUAGGGAGCGGGGUUUAAGCGAGGUUUCGGGGACGGUUCAAAAGUGUGUGCAGCUGCAGGAGUGUAUGGCGCUGGAAUGUUUGGGAACGGUCGUCUGUGGAGAGGCGGGGGCGGGAAAGACGGAGCUGAUUGCUUUACUGGCGCGAGCAAGUGAAAAGCUGACGGGAACUAGAGUGACGAUCGAAACCGUGGCGCUUGCUGGGGCGAGCGCGGAGCAGAUUGCUGCCAGGUGCGACGACAUCUUGGGCCGUCAGGAUGGCGACACGUGGGUGGUGUUCGACGGUGCGAUGGGCGCCGACCAGGCUGUUAUCAUCACCGGGCGCUUCGACCAGGACUCGCGCCUGUUUGCACUCUCCCGGGAAAAAGGCCACCGAUUGAAAGUCAUUUUCGAAGUCGAUUCUCCAGAGGGAAUACCGUCAGCGCUGCAGGGCCGGUGCGCGUUGGUCCACGUCAGCAGGGGAGAAGCAGUCGACUGGAACGCCCUUGUAAAAGCAUGGGUGGAGCGAAGUUUGCCCCCAAGCUGGGCGGAAGAAGCGGCGCUUUUCAAACUCGUGUGUGAAAAGGCGCUCCCGGCUUGUCUCGAGCUAGCCAUGACCGGGGCGCCUGCCAAUUUGGAGCUUAUUCCAACCGGGCUGGUGCAGAGCUUCUUGUCUCUGGUGGGGUUCACACUUGCGUCUUUCUAUUCCGCCAACCCGUCGCAACGGCCGAAGAGCGGAAGAGAGGAAGGGCCGGAAGCGGAUCAGGGCAAGGGCAGGCGGCGGCUCAUCUCCUAUGGGCGGAAGCAGGCACGUGACAUGGUGAGCUGGCGGAGGCUGCAUCUGCAUAAGGAGGGGGAGGGAAGUCUGGACAAAAGAGAAAGCGCUGUUGCGGCGUUAAAGUCCAGACUUGAUGACGUCAAGCCCUCGGAGCGGGCUCAAAUGCUGACGACAGCCGCCGUUUUCGCGGCCGUCAACUCUCUCGGGCUCGCGAUCGCGGGAGCGACGGAGCGCGCCGCGCUCGAGCACGUCAUCCGUGACGUCAUCCGCGACGUGGGUCCGAAAGAAGCACCCCCCCUGCCGGAGGAAAGCCUGUUCGAAGUCGGGUACAGCUGGCAGUUCCGGGCGUGGCGGCACUGGCCGGAGCUGCGGACGGAAAGCGCGGCCGCGGACGGAAAGGCGUCCGGAGCUCCGUCCGGCGACGUCAGGUUUUUCGUGCCCGUCCCAGAGACGGCGCGUAACGAGGUGUUGGCGAAAAUGGUGCUCCGCGGGGGGGGCAGAGUGGCGCUGUUCGGACCCCCCGGGUCCGGGAAGAAGUCGCUGAUAGGUCACGUGAUGCGGACGGCGGCUAAGGAAGAGAGCGCGCGAGAAACUAGAGGGGGGAAGCCAGGUGGAGUCGGACAGAAUCCUCAGGGAAGCAACGACUCUGCUUCUGGGCGCUCGGUUGUAACAAUCGACAGUGAAGGAAGUGAGAAGCCAACAGCACGGCUUCUGCGGAAUUACAGUCUUCUGCCGACGGUUCCGUACAGCUUCGACAGUCUGGUGGCCAUCUUCGCGGAGCAGCUGGCGGCGGCCUGGCCGGAACGAGCGGCCGGAAUGGGCGGAACGAACGAGCCCGGCCGGAGCACGCCGGGCUUGCCGGACUCCCUCGUCCUGCGCCUGAGCCGCGCAUCGACCCAACUCCACAAAACCCUCCUCCAAACCCUGCCAAACCCUCGGGAAGGUCUCGGACUCGGUACCCGCGACUUGCUUAGCCUCCUGGACGCUUUGGUUACGAAUUCGGACGCCCUAAAACCGAUUCCGGACGCUCUGCAGUCGGACGCGGACGCGCCAACGGCCGGGAUGGACGCGGGUACGGACGCCGACGCCGUCAAGCUGUGGGCGCACGAGGUCCGCAGGGUGUACGGCGACCGUCUGACCGGUGCGGCCGCGGUCGAGAGCGCGCUCGCGGCCGCGACUGCGGCGCACCUGCGCGAGUGGGCGCCGCUCACAGUGCAGCCCUUCAUGUUCGGGCAGUACACGCGUCACUCCGACGCGAACGGUGACGUCAGGGUGCGGGUCGUUUACAAGGAGGUUAUGGACAAAUCGGGGUGGGUUUUGGGGAUGGAGGGCCAGUUAGCCGCCCACAACAUGGAGAAUAGCGAUCCGCUCCCGAUCGUUCUCUUCCCGGAAGCGGCGGAACACUUGUCCCGGUUGCUGAGGGCGCUUAGAGGUUCCGGCUCCCAGGCACUGCUGAUAGGGCCCCCGAGAAGCGGGAAGAGGUCCCUGCUGCGGCUGGCGGCCUUCGUUCUGGGCUUCGACCGGUUUGAGGUCGGCGAGAAGAACGGAGAAGUGCCCGGGGAAUGGAGGGAGGAAAUGGGGAAGGCGGUGGAGAGGGCGGCGUUGGGUGACCGGGGCGUGGUGCUCGGGGUGAAGGCGGGGCAGCCGGGCCUGAUGGAUGACGUGGCGCAACUGCGGAGGGGGCUUGAGGUGCUUUCUCUCCUGUCCCCCGAACGCCGCUACUUCAUCCAGCAAGAACAGCAGCGCCUGGAAGAGUCCUCCAGCACCUCUCUAGUUUCCCUCAUCGACAGCGCGCAAGAGCGCGAGGCCUACUUCAACGCGCGCCUCGUCGAGCGCGUCAACGCCAACCUCCGGAUCGCCGUCCGCGCGGCCGCGCGCUCCCCCGCGCUCGCGCACAUCCUGACGGAGUGCCGCCCCUUCGCGGACGCGUGCUCGGUCGACCGCUUCGACGCCUUCUCGGACGCCGCCCUGGCCUCGAUCGCACGCGCGCACUUCGACAAGCACGAGGAGCUGCAGCGCUUCGUCGAGUUCGCGGCCGUCGAGCGGGGCGCGCUCGCAACCGCGGCCGCGGCGGUACACGCGCGAGCGCGCGGGCCGGGCGUCGCGAGCUACCAGGAGCUGCUGCGCGCGUUCAGCGCGCUGUUACUCGACCGCGGGGGCGCGUUCUGGGCAACACUCCAGCGGCUGACCGUCGGCGCUGCGAAAUUACGGUCGACCGCGCGUUUGGUCGCCGAGAUGCAAAGCGAUUUAGAGGCGCUGCUGGGGCGGCGGGACUCGACCGAGGAAGAGAUGGAGCGCCUCAUCGGCUCGAUCGCGCGAGAGCAGGACGCGCUCGACGCGAGCCGCGCGGCGCUGCAGGUCGAGCAGGAGAAGGCGGAGCGCGAGAGCGCGGCCGCGGCGCGCGCGGCGGCGGACGCGCAGCAGGACGUCGACUCCGUCGUUCCGCUGGUCAGCCAGGCAAUUAAGGAGCUGAGCAGCCUCAACAAGAAGGACAUCGCCGAGAUGAAAAGUUUGGCGAAGCCCCCGCCUCGUCUGAUGAUCGUUCUAGAAGCGCUGUGUAUUCUGCUCGGAAGGGCGCCCAAGAGGCCACGUGUCAGCCAGCCGGGGCGCGGCGCGCCGGAGGCCGGGGAAGGGUACUGGCCCGUGGCGCGCGAGCUGCUCGCGCAGGUCAACUUCGUGCAGAUGCUGCUGAGCUUCGACAAGGACGAGAUGGAUGCGGACACGGUCCGGCGAUUGCGGCCAUACAUCGAGAACCCGGACUUUGCCCCGGACCACGUGGGCCGCAUCAGCGUGGCGUGCAAGAGCAUCUGCAUCUGGGUGCGCGCCAUGUACAGCUACCACGUGGCCAAGGUCACCAAGAUGGCGCCACGUGUCGAGCGGCUGCGCGAGGUGACGUCCGACCUCGAGAACGCGCGGGCCGCGCUCGAGCGGCGCAAGGUCGAGCUCAGCGAGAUGGAGGAGAAGAUCUCGCACUUGAGAAGCCGAUACGAAAACGCGCGAGGCGCGAAAAACAGUCUGGUACAACAAGCGGAAGAGUCGGAGGUCAAAGUGGAGCGCGCGCAGCGGCUGAUCGGGCGGCUCGAGGGGGAGUGCGCGCGCUGGGAGAAGUGCGCGGGGGAGCUGCGCGAGAAGUGGCGCGGGGUCGUCGGCGACGCGCUGCUCGCGGCGGGACACGUGGCGUACCUGGGGCGCGUCCCCCGGAAGCUUAGAGAGUCGCAGAUCGCGGAGUGGCAGGAGGCGCUCCGGAAUAUCCGCUUGCCGUUCUCGCAGGGUUUCUCGCUCUUAGGUUUCUGUGUGGACCAGCAGACGGUUCAGGAGUGGGUUGCGGCGGGCUUGCCGAACGACCGUCAGUCUCUGGAGAACGCGGUUAUGGUUAAGUACGCGCAGCGGUGGGUCAAGGUCGCUGACCCGCAGAACCAGGCGGCCGCGUGGCUGGGGCGGCGGGACAACGGACGGAGUCCGGCGUGGUUGGCAGCGGAAUCCGCGGAGCUGGCCGCGGCUUUGGAGGAGGCCUUGCAAAAGGGGCGGGGCGUAGUCGUGAGUGUGGAGAAAACGGGGGACAGCGAGCUGCUACGGUCGAUUGUGCGCUCGAACGGGGCCUCUCAGGAAGAGGGGGAAAGUGGGUUGUGCGUCAUGCACGUGAAGAAUGAGAAAAUGGCCGCGCAAUGCCUGAGGGAGGACAACAUGGACGCCAAUUGCGUCGACUUCUCCAUAACGAACGACGGCGUCUACAGCCAGCUUCUGGCCCUCGUGGUGGAGAAGGAGCGGCCCGACCUGGAGGAGCAGCGGCGCGGGCUGGUGCAGUCGCACGCGGCGCUGGAGCGGCAGCUGGCGGCCGCGGAGGAGCGGCUGCUGGCCCUGGUGUCCGGCGCGUCCGGAACCAUCCUGGACGACGCCGCGCUCGAGGACGCGCUCACGGCAGCGUCCGGGACGUACGAAAACAUCCAGUUUGCUCUUGAUUUCGAAUUCAGAGCUGGAACAACGGUACUGCGCGCGCGCUUAUUUUAUGGGUUCCCCCCUCCGCAGGGCCGCAUUUCCCGGGUGGCGGCCAACGAGGGCGAGCUGGAGGCGACGCGCGACCGGUACCGGCCCGUCGCGGAGCGCGGCACGCUGCUGUUUGCCACCAUUAGGGACCUCGCUAAGUGCGGCCCCCUAUACGGCCGCCGGUUGGGCUGGUUCAAGCAGCUGUACGCGCGCGGCAUGCAACGGACGUCCGCGCUGAGCCCGGUGGAGGUGUCCGAGCGGCUGACCUACCUCACGCGCCAGAUGACGUCAGUCGUCUUCUGCACCGUGGCCGGCACGCUGUUCGCGGAGCACCGGGCGCUCUUCGCCCUCGUCCUGACCGCCAGGAUCCUGGAAGCUCGGGGCGACCUCUCUGCGGAAGAAUGGGGCGCGUUCGUCGCCGGCCCGGGCCAAAGUACCCUGGUGGACCAGCCGCCUUUGUUUUUAGCCGACAAGCAGGAGAAGUGGUCGGCGCUUCUGGAUCUGGAGAGUCGCCUCGACUGUUUCUCGGGGUUGUCCACCGACGUGCGCCGCAACGCCCCCGCGUGGCAGGCGUUGUUCGAACGUGAGGGCGCCCCGGACGCCCAGCUCCCGGACCCCUGGGCGUCCGAAUCGAGCCUCUUCCAGAAGCUGGUCCUCACCCGGUUCCUGUGGCCCGACCAGGUCGUUUCCGCGGCGGAGCGGUGCGCGUACGCCGUCCUCGAGAUCGACGCCGCCGCGGCCGCGGCGCGGCCGACGGUAGCCGCGGCCGCGGAGCAGGCCGACCGGCUGACGCCCAUCCUGUGCGCGUGCGCGCCGGGCGCGGAUCCGCUCGUGGAGAUCUCGGAGUUCGCGCGCAAGAAGAGCAUGAGCAAGCGCAUGUGGGCGGUGUCGCUCGCGGAGGCCGGCCAGUGCGAGCGCGCGCUCGAGGGCAUCGCCGACGCCGCCAAGUGGGGCAAGUGGGUAGUGCUCCAGGACUGCCACGCGGCAGGCCCAUGGUUGGCCACGUUGCAGGGCGCCCUGGAGGGCCUGAAAGGCAACCCAAACGUGCACGACAACUUCCGGGUUUGGCUCACCACCGCGGCCGCGGCGGACUUUCCGCCGGAGCGGCUGCACGGCAGUGUCAAGCUCGUCUUCGAGCCGCCGCAGGGCGUGCGCGCGCACCUGCUCCGCCUACUGCAGCAGCUGGAGGCCGAGACCGCGGCCGCGGCCGCGCCGCGCGCCCAGGCGGCCGCGCUGGCUUGGUACCGGCUCUGCCUCUUCCACGCCAUCGUAGUGGAACGCUGCCAACGUGGCAAAAUAGGGUGGCAUUCCCCUUGUUCCUUCACUUCCCACGACUUCCACACCGCCAAGGCUCUGCUCGCGCGCCUGCUCGCGCCGCGCCCCGCGACUCCCGCAGAGCCGCCCGCGCCUAAACCCCAAACCCCCGAGCUCGACAGCCGGCGGCCGACCCCGCGUCAACCGGGCGAGUCGCUGCUUCCAACCACAGCGGAGUGGGUGCUCGGGAGCGGCGGCUCGAAGGGUUCGAAGGGUUUGGGCGAGGCCGACAGUGCGGCCGCGGCGCGCGCGCUGUCCGAAACGCCGGACGGGCUUUUGGAUCUGCUGGGGGAGACGGCGUACGGCGGCAGAUUGGCGGACGCGUCGGACAGGCGCGCGCUGCGGACGCUCCUCGCGGACUGCUUCGCGCCAGGAGGUCUUCUCGCAAACGGCACGCAGUACGUUCCUUCGGAGCCCGCUCCGCUCGCGGCCUACCUGGAGCACGCGCGCGCGCUCCCGUGCGACGACCCGGCGGACCUCCUGGGCGUGCGCGCGAGCACGGGCCGAGUCUUGGCGGCAGCGGCCGCGGAGACUCUCCUCGAGCGCGCGGCGACGCUGGGGUGCGGAAUGGCCGACGGAAGCGAACGGACGGAAGACGAACAGCAGGCACUCGACGAAGAAACCGCACGGGCGGCGCUACUGGGCGCCCUUCCGGCGACCAUCCCCGACCCAAAGCCCGGUUCUCGGAGCCUGCGCCAAGAUCCGGUGGUCGCCGCGAUCGCUUGGGAGGUGCGGCUCUUCAACCGGGAGCUCGAGGCGUGGCGGGAGGAAGAUGGAGAGGCCAGGCCCCUGCAGGAGGAGAUAGUCAAAACCCUGCGGUUGCGGCGAGACGCGCUCGCGGCCGCGGUGCGCGCGGGCGGCGGGAAGAGCAUGAGGCUGUGGCUGCCGGCGUUCCGGUCCCCGCAGGCCCUCUUCGCGGCAGUCGCCCAUCGAUCUGCCCAACAGACUGGCCUACCUCUCGACGAGAUCGCGCUGACGUUCGACGUCGAAAGCGUCCCGCGCGACGAUCAGCCCCCCGGAGAAAACGAGACCCAUUUUUGCUUCGAGGGGCUGAUGCUUGAAGGGGCCGUGCUGGCCGAUGGAGUGCUCCAACCGCCCGAAGGCGAAGGCGACCACCCGACGCCUGUCUUGGUGCGCGUGGUCGCCCUGCCGAGGACGGAUUAUGGGCUUGAAGCGGACAGAACGUAUCUGUGUCCGGUUCACAUUGUCUCUGCGGAAGGGCGCAAGGUGCUCGGCUGGACCCGGUUGCGGUCGGGGCAACGCCCUGAGGGCUGGUGGGAGAAGCGCCAGGUGGCAGUUGUAUGUCGGAGCGCGUGGUGCUGA